CCUCCCUAAAACCCUAACUACUAGAACCUUCGAAACCCGUUUCUCUCUCCUCGAGCAGAGCCUACAUGCAAAAUUGCGAGCAAAGGAGCACAGGAGAAGCCGCAACCGCCAUUUCUACUCUCUUCACUUUCUUCAAACCUCGUCAAGUUAUACUCAAUUCAUUGUCAAGUAUGAAGCUCGACAACAAAAAUGGCGACAAAACCCUAAUUUCUCUCACUGGUCAGCAAAGGAAACUGCUUCUCCAAUCAAUUUGUCAAUUCCUUGAACAAAGUGGCUUCUCCAAAUCUCUUAAGAAUUUUUACAAAGAGGCAGAAAUCGAGUUGCAGAAAGAGAGUUGGAAGGAUUGUUUAUUGAAUUUGGAAGAGAUGUGUUACCAAUUUUUGAAGUUGAGGGAUGACGCUAAAAUUAGUGAUUCUGCGGCUUGUGCUGCCAAAGAAAUAGCUACUGCCCAGAAGGAUGGAAGUAUAAAUGGUGUUGCAUCUGAGGAGCAGGAAAAUAACCCUGUUGAUGAUGUUAAUAUAAAACAUAAGAAAAAAAAAAGCAAAAGUGCUAGUGAUUCAUCUGCUCAAAUUGCUGAGGAAAUUGACCCAAAACCCUCAAAAGUCCCUGAAGACGUUUCUUUGAUUGUGCCAAGUGAACCUGAAAAGAAAUCCAAGAAGAAGAAGCGCAAGGGUGAAUCUCAGGAAGAAAACAAAGAGGAACUGCCAGCAGAAGAAACAUCAGAAAAACCCGAUGUUUCAAAGGAAGAGAAGAAAGAGAAGUCCAAAAGUAAGAAAAAGAAAGAAGAUACUUUGAAACCCAAUGAUUCACCUGUAGAAAUUACGGAGGUUGUUAGUGAGAAAAAAAUUUCGAAGAAAAGAAAGAAGUCCUCAUCUGAUGAAAAUGAGACCGAAUGUGUUGAAAAGGCAGCACUUGAUGACUUCAAGCGUAGGAAGACAGAAAAUUUAGAUGAAUCAAAUGGAACCAUUCUCCCUAAAACACCUAAUGGAUCUGCCAAUGGAGUCUUGGAAAAUGGUGAUAGCAAGGAGUCGCAGAAGAAGGAUAAAACAAAGCAGCUCAAUGGUUCUGAGACAAGAACUUCUGCUAAUGCAUUCCGGAGGGUCAAAGAGGAGGAAGUGGAAUUUGUAGAUGAAAGGCUUCAAGAUAAUUCUUAUUGGGCAAAGGAUGGUGCAGAUAGUGGCUAUGGAGCUAAAGCACAGGAAGUUUUGGGGCAGGUUAGAGGAAGGGAUUUUCGCCAUGAGAAAACCAAGAAAAAACGUGGAAGCUACAGAGGAGGACAAAUCGAUCUGGACUCUCAUUCAAUCAAGUUCAAUUAUGAUGAUGAAGAAUGACUUGUUGCUUAAAUGUUCCUGCAUGUGGAACUAGCAUCUAAAAAAAUUUUGGUCUAAUAUUUUCUUACAUUUUUUUGUACAACCCUUUUGGAUUAUUGUUGAUUGUAAUUGACAUGAUAUCGUUGGCAUACGGAGUACUUGUAUUUCUUUCCUGCA